CAAAACAACAACAUCCAGUUUAUUUUACAUUAUGGCCAUCGCUGUAUAUGUAACUGCAACUUUAAUAUAAAAUCAGUAUUAAAUAGAGAUUCGGCACCUGAAAUAGGUACUUAUAGUCAACCUCUUAGUGGUUGCAGAAUUACGUUAUCGUCGCUGCAUCGAUAAACACACUAUAUCAGCAUGUCUCAACCUACCGGGUCUGGACCUGCGUAUACCUACGACAAUGCGGCUGGGGUGGGAUUUCGUCAUUGGAAAAUACAUCCGCUUAAGCAUGAUAGCACCGAAUGGCAUCGCCGUCCUCUUAGCCUAAGCUCAGUCGGAAGGACAUCAGCUAGGCCAGGCCGUAGUGAAAAAGGGGCCCGCAGUUUCCUUGAUAUGAUAAUCAGAGUCGUCGCGGACAAUGCCGCCGCUCUCGAGAUAGGACAAUUAGACGGCAUCCCUUUUCGAAUAACAUGCCGCGUUUGGGACCUCCUUGUUCGAGACCGCCAGCCUAUACCGUUGCAAUCAUAUAUAGUUCUCGCAACGUGUCUUGCUAAGCAACACCGGGAAGACGAAAUGUCCCGGUCAAUGCCGGGAAGUAUUUUUCGCUUCAAUUAUGCCGUGUCAUCUCCGUUUGGGCCCUUGAACACCUACUUAAAACCACUUACGUCAAACUCUUUCGAUUUCAUCGUACAUCUUACUUUCGCCCAUUGUAACACCUUGUUCUCCGAACAUGAAUUUCUAUCGCUGGCACUUCUUAAAAAUCUGGGUGUGCUGGAAAUAUUGCAGCCAAAGCGUUCGAGUAUCCAAACAUUCCCUCGCAUAACUGACUCCAUAAUCAGACACUGGUCCGAGGUACCAAACCCGUUUCCCGUCCUUCGAGUCUUAAGAAUCUGGGGGCAUGACUUCACCACGUUUAGAUCGUUAACUUACCUCUUAAAAUUUCCCUCUCUUAUUGUUUACGAUGUCGCCGGCUGGCGUAGAGACUGGGAUCAGCAACUGCAACUUCUAGACUCUGAUUGGUAUAGACAUCGUUACACUUACGACCUACACGAUUUGAUGUUGAGAUACUUUAAUGAGCAUUACCCAAGUCCCAUACCUAUCCCAGUCGCGCAGCUUCAUGAUACUCUUGCAACGGAACAUCCUAUACUAAACCACGGGGUAGGAAGUUAUGGGAUGCCAGGCGCCCGGGCCCAGAGGGUUAUGAUCCUAAAGAGGGAUAAUAUACCGUCUCAACCCGAUACCCCGGUAUCAGAAACGUAUGAUAUAUGCUAUGAUAUCUGUCUUCACUUUUUAGCAUACCUACUUUAUUGCCAGAUUGGCCGAUUAUGGUCGGAUAGGGACUUGGCUACACAGGGCGUGAGUGAUACUGAUAAGGCCUUUGUUAUAGACAACUUUCGUCUUAUUCCACCCAGGCCUUAUAUCUCGAUAAACUUUGGUCCGUGCUGCACUCAUAUGAGCAAUCGAUUAACGGAGGGGCUCUAUCCCAUCCCGAAUACACCAUGCCCUUGCGAGGAUUAUGCCACUCUUUUUCAGGCACACUACAGUUUUAUACGAAAGAAGAAUGACACGGGGAAACGCGAGAAUCAGUCUAGUUCAAGCCACGGACUAUCCAGUAACAGCGGCCCAUCGGACACGUCAGCUUCCGGUCCAAGGCUACGAAAGAAACGGAAGAUGUUCUCUAUGGAGGAUCUUUAGGUUAAUAGUGGAU